AUGGGCAAUGGGGAUAUGUUGAGCGGGAAGUUAUUUGCCCCAUUGCCGCAGGUUUCCGUUGCCUCCCUGCCGGACAGGCUCAUCAUGUCGUCGGAUGACUUCGACGUUGUUAUCGAGGCGAUGUUGGAAGCUCCCUUCAGGAAGAAGGAGAAGAGGCUCAUCGAGAAGGGAGGAGUCAAGCAAAACAUCCGCAGUGAGAGCCGCGAUCGGAGUCGGAGUCAGGAAGGAAAAGACACCAGAGGUCGGAACGGGAGCCAAAUCCGGAGACACAGCAGCGGGAGCCGGGAGCGUGGUCCGGACAGCUCGCACCGGCGGACACGGAGGAGGGACGGUCACCGGCGGGGAGGACGGAGGAAGGAGGGACGCAGUCGGCGGAAGGACCACGGGGGUCACCACCGGGCCGAGCGAAGGAGGCACAGGCACUUCCGAUCGCACAGCAGGAGCCCACGGCGGAGCCGGAGCCCUCGCUACAGGUCCCGGAGCCUGAGCAGGGACCGUGUGUACGGCCAUUCUCCGGGAGAGCGCGAUGCCUGCACCGUUCUCUGCCUCCAGUUCUCAGCACAGACCCACCCCAGCGAUCUGGAACAUUUCUUCUCCUCAGUCGGAAAGGUUCGAGACGUGAAGAUUAUCUCGGACCGCAGCUCACGCAGGUCGAAGGGAAUCGCCUACGUCGAGUUCUACGACAUCGACUCCGUCUCCCGAGCAAUUGGUCUCUCGGGAAAGAAGUUACUGGGAGUCCCCAUCAUUAUCCAGGCAUCGCAGGCAGAGAAGAACCGACCCGAUCCCGGACUCGGACCCCAGCCGAGGGGGGCAGCCGGACCAAUGAGGCUUUACGUGGGAUCGCUCCAUUCCAACAUCACCCAGGACAUGCUGAGGGCGAUCUUCUCCCCCUUUGGCAAGAUCGACAGCCUGCACCUGAUCAGGGAUCCUGAGAGCGGGAUUUCCAAAGGCUAUGGUUUCGUCACGUUUGCGGAGUCGGACCGUGCCCGCCGGGCACUGGAGCAGCUGGACGGCUUCGAGCUGGCGGGGAGGCCACUGAGGGUGGGGCCAGUGACGGAGCGCUCGGAGCUGGAGCCUCCCGGCUCCGUCCUGGACAGCGAGGACACGGAGCGAUCUGGGAUCAGCCUGGGACCCAGCAGUCGCUUACAGCUGAUGGCUCGUCUGGCCAAGGGAUCGGGGCUGGAAAUCCCACCAGCGACCCAGGCCGCUCUUCAGCUCCAAAACAUCUAUCCCUUUGGGAUCCUGAUGCCUUCGGCUGCAGGUGCCACCCCCACCCAGGGGCUCCAGCUGAGGACGGACCUCCCUGGGACCGUCCCAACCCGGGAGCCCAGGACCCAGAACACAGAGGGGACGGGGUGAAGGAGGAGGGCGGACAUCGGGCCCGGGGCCCAGGAGGAGCAGCCGACAUGGAGCACUGGGACGGAGUGAGAGGGACUGAGAUAAUGUCCCAAAGAGGAAUUCGCGGAGAUGGAGCUCGUGGUCCCCGUGGGCAGCCUCUGCGUUCAGUGCUGUUAACAUCAUUGCUGUAGUUCCACUUUCUGCAUUAGUCGUAGUAUUUUGACACUUUUGUCGUGCUUUCAGCGAAUAAACAUUUGUACAAUAAUAAUAAAGACAGACCAAUUCACUGACCUACUCCCCCGGGACAAUCCCCAUCCACAGGUUGAGGCUCCCCCUGCGCCGUCCCGUCACACACUCCCGGGGUUGGACACAGGGUGAGGCUCCCCCCGCGCCCUCCCGCCACACACUCCCGGGGUCGGACACAGGGUGAGGCUCCCCCCGCGCCGUCCCGCCACACACUCCCGGGGUCGGACACAGGGUGAGGGUCCCCCCGCGCCGUCCCGCCACACACUCCUGGGGUCAGACACAGGGUGAGGGUCCCCCCGCACCGUCCCGCCACACACUCCCGGGG